AUGCAAGCGUUCAAAGAUCUCUUCAAGCAGCGCAACUUCAUCGAGCACAUCCGUCAGUACAACGCUCAGUUCAACUUCACUUCCAUUGGAACCAACGAGGUCAAGCACAGCGGCAGCGGUCCCAAGACGUAUUGCAUUCAAGGCCAGCUGACCCACAACAUUGGUCCGUUGCAACCCAGCCUGAACAGAAGUGGAAACCUGCGGCAACCAAGUUUUACCCAAAUCUACAUGCACACCAGCGAGGAGCAACUUCAACACCGACGAAACAUGUUUCCGGCGUUCAGUUCGCGGUACACUGCCACGAUACAGCGAGUGAUGGAUCUCCACAACCCAUUGGCGAGAACGUAUGCAACUGCCAAAGAACGUUUGCGUCGAGCGGAAGCGGACGGGGCAUCAGGGGGCAAUCGUCCAAUUGUCCUGAAGGCUGUUGGUGGCGCGCAGGCCCGAACACACAACUUGCCUACCGUGGUUCAACUUGCGGUUAUCAUGGAGGGAGACGGCAGCGAACCGACAGAAGGUCGUCACGUGGUUCUGCAAAGUCUGAACUCGAACCAGUUCACAACCAUUCGAGAAACGAAUCCACUUCACGACGCGUUGCAGUUUCCCCUCCUGUUUCCAAUGGGAGGUCCUGGAUGGGAGUAUACCAUGACGAAGCCCGACGGGAAAUCAUUGUCUCUCCGUGCGUUCUUCAACUACUGGCUUCAACAACGAGACGGCGACGACUUCUCCGACAUGCUGCACCGAUCCUCCAUGCUGUUCAAGAUGUACACUACGGUCGGCUUCGUUCGCGUGGAAACCAACAGGCUGCGCUACAUUUCGCAGAACGGAGACAAGUUGCGAUUCGAUUUGUACGCAAGCGUAAAGGAGGCCGCCGAGAGACGUUCAGGGCUCCACAACGUCGGCAUCAAGUCCAUCGUGCCUUCAAGCUUUACUGGCGGCAAGCGUUACAUAAAGAAAUGCUACUUCAAUGCCAUGGCAAUUGUGCGCAAGUACGGGAAGCCAUGUCUCUUCGUCACCAUGACGUGCAACCCCAAUUGGCCGGAGAUCAUCAGUCAACUCAAGCCCCAUCAAACGUCAACUGAACGCGAUGACAUUGUCACAUCUACCACAACCGAGGGGGUCGAUGGGUAUGCCAAGUACCGUCGCGACACGGCCGCAGACCAGUACUGUGUGCCACACAACCUGUACUUGGUACACAAGUACAACUGCCACAUCAACGUCGAGGUUUGCACAAGCAUCAACGCCGUCAAGUAUCUGUACAAGUACGUGUACAAGGGCACCGAUUGGAUCACGUACGCUGUCUUCACUGACCGGGAACGCCAGCCCAUGCUUGACGAAGCACGGGAGUACGUUGAAGGACGCUACGUGAGCUCCCUCGAAGCUAUCACACGCAUCCGCUGCUACGACCUGCAAAGGAUGUCCCACGCUGUCGAAGUAUUGCCCGUGCACGAGAAAGAUCAACAGCAUUGCACCUACGACGAAACCCACGACGCAGAAUCGGUCGUUGCCAGGAACCAAAAGACCAAAUUGACAUUCUUCUUCCUCGCUUGCGCGCAAGGCUUGACCGGGAUCGACGGCGUUCCUGCAAAGAACUGCCUGUACUUGGACUUCCCGCAGUACUUCCGAUUUGAACAAAAGACCAAGUUGUGGGUUGGACGCAAGAACCACAUCAAGGUCAUUGGCCGCAUUGAUUCGGUCAGUCCGCGUCAAAAGGAGCGGUUCUACAUUCGAACCCUGCUUUGCCAUAAAUAUGGACCAACUACCUUCGAAGAUCUGCGCACAGUUCACGGAACUCUGUAUCCAACGUACGAAGAAGCUGCACUGUCCAUGGGCCUGUUGGAAAACGACGAAGAGUAUGUGGUAUGUAUUCGACAAGCCACGUUGGACUGCAUGGACGGACAGCUGCACGAACUGUUUGCCAACAUCUUGGUGCAUUGCCUGCUUGCGAGCACGCGAUCUCUGUUUGACCAAUUCAAAACAGAUUUCAUGGACAAGCGGCUUCGGAACCUGCGCCGCUGCAACAAAACACUCCAAGAGCCGCUCAGUGAAGACAUGAUGCUUGGCAAGGCGAUGUUCUACACACUCAAGAGCAUCGACAACUGCUUCCAACACCAUCGGUUGAGCCUUUUGGACUACCCGACGUUACCUCAACUCCACGAAUUCGAAGUAUUCCGAGACUUGGGCGAACGGCGACCACUGGACGAUCCAAUAAGUCGGCUUUAUGUCAUUGAAACGUCGUACACGCGUGCAGCCCUCGACGACGUGUUGGUCACUGCUGCGACCAUGACUGACGAGCACAGGUCCUUUGUGACGACCGUUUUGGCCCAAAUAUACGAUCACGCAUCAGGCAAGGCGUACUUCCUCCAAUGCGAAGGAGGCUCAGGAAAGUCGUACGUCUCUCAAAUCAUGUUGGCAAAAGUGCGCGACAAAGGGGACAUCGCGCUUGCUGUGGCAUCAUCUGGGCUGGCAGCUUUGCUGCUUAUGGGCGGCACAACGGCACAUUCGUGA